GUUCGGAAAUCUGAAAUAGACUUAGCUCAAGUAAAAGCCGCAAGAAAGGCAGUCGUUUGAAAAUGUCAAUGGAAACCAAUGGAAAUGUGGGCAGUGACGGCAUCACGGGCUUGACGCCGCCACAGCUUUCGGAAAUCGGCUUGGGCACGGCCACAAGAAUUUCCAAGAUGGAGGUGGAAAUGGAAAAGGCAACGGCCAGCGGCCAGCCCGAUGGCGAUGGCGAUGACGAUGGCGAUGACGAGCUCUUUGUGAAACGGCCCGCUUUCUAUGGGCGCAGUCCAAUGAAUUUCCUCUCGCUGCCCGGGCAAGCUCUGACAGUGGCCAAAGCGGCGAAGGAUGGGAACGUCCUGGCCUCUUUCGUCCACUUAAUGAGUUGCUUGCCAGCGCAGCGCUGGAUGUGGUGCGAGUUCGCAUAUUCGUUUAUCGACGAGCCCAUAGCGGGCAGCGCCUUCUACGAUCUGGACAAGCUCAUGAAGGAAUUGGGCUGCCGGAUCAGCACGCGCACCAUGCCGCGCCGCUGCUGGCAGCUGGUGCGUCAGCCGAUCGGCAGGCCGCGACGCUUCUCAAAGGCCUUCAUAGCCACAGACCUGGAGGAGUGGGAUCACGUGCGCGACCUUGUGCGCCAGAUGCAGAAGGGCAUCUUCGAUGUGAAGAAGCACGAGAACGACUUGUCGCUGCUGCCCAGUCGUGUCCCGAUGGCGCUGGCGAUGGACACCAAGGUAACGACCUACCUGCCGACCGGAUUCGCCCAUGGGCUGGUCGUCAGCCACGAGCCCAAGACCAACACUUACCUCGUGAAGCUGAAGAUGAGUGUUGGGGGAGCCGCCAAGGAGAAGGUCAAGCAGAAGGAUAAGCAGAAGGACAAGCAGAAGCAGAAGGGGAAGGAGAAGGGGAAGGAGCAGGAGGAGCAGUGGCUGCGUCUGCUCGACAAGAAGCUGCAGGGGGACAUGGUCUGCGAGAGUCUGCCACUGCCCAUAAUGAUGGUCACGACCAUUGAACCCGUUCGUCAGAAGGGUGCCUCCAAGAAGGACGAAAAGUCGGCCACGUUCUCGAGUGCCGGCUUCAGCAAGACCCUGCUGGAGUCCGUGGUGGCGAUUAAGAACCUCAUGGUCAUCAAGCAGAAGACCGUCGACGAUUUUAUCCAGCUGAACAAGGAGUUCGAGACGCUCAGGGCUCAGCCCACGGUUCGUCGUGACCCGAAGUCGACCGCCGAGCGCGACGAGCAGCAGCGCUGCUUUGCGGCCCACAUGAUCGCACUGCAUCGCGUCAACGGGGACAUUCUGAAGCCCCUGCGUAUCCUCCAUCAGUUUCUGGACGAGUACAAGGAGAUGGAGGAUCUGAAGGCCAAGACCAUGACGGCCCGCGAGCGCUUUCAGCAGUGCCGGCUGCAGUCCGACCUCGAUCUGAAGGCGGCCGAGGCUAAGCUCGGCCUCGUGGUCAAAUCGGAUGCCACACGCGACCUGAUUCGCACUCUCCACACGAUCCUGUAUUUGUGCGGGGCAUUGAGCAGCGAAAAGAGCGCCGACAUUCGCACCAUUAUCGAUGAUAUUAUGGCCAGCACAAUGGUGAAUAUGCCGCCCGAUUUGAGUGCCGUUUUCAAGCAGAUGUUAUCCAAUGUUACACCGCUGUGCGAGGCCUUUGGGCGCGUCCGCAAGGAGCCUACCUUGAAG